GCAUGUGCCUGAGUACUACGUAACUAUUUUCUGUGCACAUAAUCACAUGACUCAUUUUGUUUACGACGGAAGGAAGUUAACCAGAACGUCAACAAAGGAGAAGCAGAAACUGCUGUUAAAAUUGGUUGACAGGGCCAUGCUGAACAUCUUAGGUCCUUAAUUAACUGCACCAUCAAAGCAAUUAAAGCCAGAAAAAUCAUUCAACCAUGGUGAACCGGUCAUUAGAAGAGGGAAGUCAGUAUGAAUACAUCAAGUGUGUUGUGGUGGGGGAUGCAGGGGUUGGGAAAACCUGUCUGAUCUGUGCCUGGGCCUGUGGAACAAGCUACACCCUUGAGCGACUUGUAAGGACCCCCUCCUCCUCAGUGUGGGCCAUUGACCACUACCGCAAUGACCAAGAGGUGCUGGACAGGUCUUGGUGCAAUGUAGAUGGAGUCAGAUGUUCCCUGAAACUGUGGGACACUUUUGGUUACCAUGACAAGAACAGAAAGUUUGCUUACAGAGGGUCAGAUGUGAUUUUACUGUGCUUCAGUGUAGCUAAGCCUAGCUCAUUAAGAAAUGUGGAGAAGUUCUGGAUUCCAGAGAUAAAGAGUAGGUGUCCGGCCACGCCCAUCAUCCUGGUGGGGACUCAGGCAGACCUCAGAUACAUCUAUAAGAAUGAGAAAUACAAGAAUAUGGACAAAGGACUUCUAUAUAAAGCUGUGAGUGAUGAGAGUAUUUUACCUCCAAGUUGUGGGAGAGAAAUGGCAGCCAGCCUAGGGGCCCCUUAUUACGAAACCAGUGUACUGACAAAAUAUGGCAUUGAUGACUUAUUCUUUAAUGUAUGCAGGGCCACAUUAAUAGAACGUCGCAACUUGAAAUUCUGGAAUCCGCAACUCAGAAGGGUGCAGUACCCCCUCAUUCAGGCUCCCAUGGAGAUCCCGAAACCUGAGAUGCCAAUAAUCAAAAACCCUGGUCCCGCUCCUCAUGAGGACUUAUCAAAACUGCUACAAGAGGAUGGGGAUGUCAUAUUUGUUGUUCAAGGGACACAUUUUCGGGCUCACAAAAUCUGCUUAACUAUUGCAGAAAGUUUGUUUGAGGACAUUUUCUUAAACUCUUCCAAACCCAAUGGAAGAGGUUCUCUUUCGAGGCAGAGUAGCACUGCAUCUGAUAAUGUAAAUGGUGUAAAAGAAAGCAAAGAGAAUCUUAUAUGUGGGGCUCCACCACUCCCAGAUAUCUGUCUCCAUGGCACAGAAGCAAUGACUAACGGCAGUUGUCGUCUAUUGAACAUUCCUGGAUUUAUCAAAGUGGAGGACAAGUUGUGGAUGGAUCCACUCAGUUUAAUGGAGGAAAAAAAGACUGUGAUUACCAUGGACUCGGAUCUGAAUCCUCAUGCCUUUCAAUAUGUUCUCCAGUUUUGGUACACUGGUCGUGUUCCAGUUUCUUGUGACUGUCUCUCUGAGUUACGUAGGACAGCUGAAAUCCUGAUGCUACCCAAUCUAAUUCUGAUGGUCUCAAAUCUACAGACAGGGGAGUCCUACCUUAAUAUUCCACUGGAGAAUGACUUCUUCACCUCAAGAAAUAUUAAGCUACAAUCCAUAGGAUUAGAGUCUGGAAAACUUACUGACAUUGAAUUCCAGCUAGAAGAUGGAGUUGUUGCCCUUCACAAACCAAUCUUGAUGGCUCGUUGUGAGAUGAUGUUUGCCAUGUUUAGUACCAACUUUAUGGAGUCUUCUGCUGAUAUUAUUCCAUUUCCUGGAAUGGACAUGCAGACCUUCAGUGUCUUGAAGACAUACCUCUACUUAGGACAGUUACCCUCGCUGGACGGGGCAGACAUUGUGGGCCUGAUCGAGGCUGCAGAUAGACUGUGUCUGAAACACAUGAUCAAAGUUCUGGAGCAUGAGAUUGUUACUGAGCUUCUGCGUGCAGAAGCCAACGGCGAAAAGAUCAUAGAGGAGACUCUGAAGCUUAUAGAACCAGCACAGUUCCACAAUGCUACAGAGCUAGCCCGAUGGUGCUUAGACUAUGUGUGUGGAAAUUACAAUGUGGUGCAUAGAAAGUACUUCAGCCUUCUUUACAAAUUGCAGCCAGAAAACCAGAGAUAUAUUGGCCUCAACAAAUGGCCUCCAGAUUGGUACACCCAAGAAGUGGAACAUUAUACCAUGGCCGUUAGAGACAUGACUCCCAAACACAUGAUUCAGCAGAAACACCAGUUCUCACGCUGGCAGCGAUGCAAGUCAAGCUGCCUAUGCUUUGGUCGCCGAAGCAGAAUGGUCAACCUCGAAACCGAUGAUGAUGAAGACUGACCGGUCAACACAAAGCAGUCAAAGGUGUCCAGCACCGGUGCAUAACUAGUCGAUGAACUGUGGUAAACCGUUACUACUUAUAGUCAGGCAGUCUUGGCAGUAUUCUUGCAAUAGGUCUCUGCUUAUUGUUGCUGAGUAUAUGUGCCGCAUGCUUCUGAAAUUGAAAAUAAUGCUUUCUGUAAAGCUGAUGU